AGGGUAGCGGUUCCGCGGCCGCGAGAAAGCACACCGCUGGAGAGAGAGAGAGAGAGAGAGAGAGUGGAGGAGAGGAAGGGAGCGGAGAAACGAGAACGCGACGAGAAGGAGGGGACGGCCUGAAAAGCUCGGGCCAGGCUGGGUUCGAUCGUUCAAUAUUCAUCCCUUGGUCGGACGAGAGCGCCCGAGAACAGUAGCUCCAGACGAGGGCACGAAUCGACCCUUCCUUCCUUUGCGUCCUCGCCCGCGGAACUGUUCGAUCGCGGCACUGUUCCAGAACACGUACAACAAUAUUACCAGAUACAGCAUCAGAUCCUGACUGUCGUCGUUCGUUCGUUCGUUCGUUCGUUCGUUCGUUUGUUCGUUCGUUCGUUUGUUCGUUCGUUCGUGGUGAAUAAUUCGCGGAGGGAAAAUUCGAUUCUUCUCUCCAUCUUUCGUCUAGUCGUAAAGGAUGGAGGGUAAAAAAGUCGAACAGUAUUACACUCCACCGCCGAAGCUUGGCAAAUGGGAGGGUUUCAGGGUCUUUGUAUGGAACUCCGAGACUGGACAGUUCCUGGGGCGCACAGGCGCUAGUUGGGCCAAAAUAUUAUUAUUCUACGUUAUUUUUUAUGCGGUACUGGCUGGUUUCUUCGGAGCGAUGUUGACAGUGUUCUAUCAAACGUUAGACCCGAACGCACCGAAAUGGCAAUUGGACAAUUCCUUGAUAGGGAGCAACCCCGGCCUUGGUUUCAGGCCCAUGCCUCCCUCGAGCAACGUCGAGAGCACUUUGAUCUGGUACAAAGCCAGCGACGAGGGAAACUUCUUACACUGGACCAGAGAAUUGGACAAGUUCCUCGAAGAGUAUCAGAAACCUGCUUCAUCGACGAACGGUGCCCAGAAAAGGACGAUCUGCGACUACGGCAAACCGCCAGCCCCCGGCAAAGUGUGCGACGUGGAUAUGUCGACGUGGGGCCAGUGCACGAAGAAGAACAAAUACGGCUUCAACAAAUCCGCUCCGUGCAUCUUCCUCAAGUUGAACAAGAUUUUCGGAUGGAAGCCCGAAUAUUACAACGACACGAAGAACCUGCCCAGCACCAUGCCUGCCGACCUCCAGGAGCACAUCAAGGCCGAGGAACACGCCAACAGGUUGGACACGGUGUGGGUUUCGUGCUCGGGUGAAAAUCCCGCCGACGUCGAGAACAUGGGCGCGAUUCAGUACAUCCCGCGCCGCGGCUUCCCUGGAUAUUAUUUCCCUUUCACAAACACGCCCGGAUACCUCAGCCCCCUCGUGGCUGUUUUCUUCGAGAGGCCUAAAUACGGUGUAUUGAUCAACAUCGAGUGCAAAGCCUGGGCGCACAACAUCAUCCACGAUAGAUUCGAGAGGCGUGGCUCGGUACACUUCGAACUGAUGGUGGACUAAAAGCGGCGACCAGCAUCUUUUUGCAACAACAACCGACAAACCAAACGCGUCCAAGAAAUGACACAAGGGGAAGGAGAAGAAGGGAGAACGGAAUAAGAGAAAUUUCUUUUUUAAUCAGAUCUCUCGGUGACCACUUCCUCCUCCGCCCGCCUCCUCCUUCGUUUACUCUCUGCCGAAUGCGAUACCGCCCUCCCCCCACCCCCACUCCGGUCGCGAUUACAGUCACAUCCGUAAUAUUUAAUAUUAGGUAUAUUUGACCCAUCGUUUUUCACUUUUCACUCUCACACACGUUACGCGCUUCUCAUUCUCAUCAUCCGUGAAACGGGCCGACGUUUCUCGAAGGGAGAAAAAAGGAAACGAAACGUCGUCGAUCACUCACUCGUUUUCGCUUCACUCGGCUUCAUUCGCGUUACUCUCAUAACUUUCUGUGCGUGUGUGUGCGUGUGUGUGUGUGUGCGUCUCACGCGAUUUUUCGAUGCUCGUCUUGGCUUCCGCAAAAGCAUCUUAUCACAGAACGGAUAAAACGGACCAGUUAAAUUGGUUAUGUAUCGUACCUGUGCAUCUGUGUAUGCACGUAUAUAUACAAUAUAUACGUACGUAUACAGCGUAUAGAUGGAUACGUAUGUACAGUAUAUGUGCGCGGAGGUACAUGCGCGUACGUAUCAGGAUGCACAAAAGGACGCAUUGAGAAGCGGAAAAAUUCUGCACAAAGGAGGGAAGGAAAAAAAAAGAAAAGAAGAAAAAAAGAAAAGCUACACUUGGGCGGUAUCGCUCGUUUCUACCGAGGGGAGUGAGAGGAGGGGGAGGGAGUGGUCGCGGGAUGGUCGUAAUCUAGAUUUCCAUCGAUCGGAGGAAAUCGAUCGAGGGAGAUGCUUAAGAGAUUUCCCUCGCUUUCUUUCGAAUUUUUUUGCGAAUUAAAAAACUUUUCGUUCGUCGCUUGAUUUCGUUGGGGUCUCGUCGGCAGGCUUCGCACAUGCACACACCUUUCUUCUUCUUCUUCUUCGUUCACUUACUCUUUUCCUCUCUUCCUCUUUCUUUCUUCCCUUCUUGGACUUAUCGAUGACUUGGCCCAGUCGACGAGACCGCCUAACCACGUGUAGGGUACACCGAGGAUUAAUAAACCACCUUUAGUUGGUGCCACGUAGACGUAUUAAAAAAAGAAAAAGAAAAAAGAAAAAAAAAAUGUUAGCCCGUUUAUGCCCGUCGGUACGGUGCACCCGGCACGGUGGAACUUUUGAUUUCGAAUUUUCACGAAGAAGCUCUCGGUGUGUGGCUCUCUCGGCGAAUCUCGAUCGAAAGUUCCGUCGUUUCGGGAGAGGGGGAAAAGGGAAGGGAGGGGAUCGGUCGAAAUUCACGAUACGUAUAUUGAUGCGCGCGCACGCAAGUGAAAGAAAAGGACAAAAUGGGGGAUGCCGAGACGGCGCGUGACUACUGUUCGAUCGAUCGAAUCGUUUUUACGAGUCGUUUCGCCGCGGUGGAACUUUCGAUUGGAAAUCCUUUCGGGAUUUUUACCAACUUUGUGAUAGAUUUCUAUUUUAUUAGAUAAUUGUUUCGGAGAGGAAUGAAGGAAAGUGUCGAAACGAGUCAAUUUUCUAAUUUCGAUCGAUGAAGAAAGGAAGAGGGGGGAGAAGAGGAAGCGGAGAAAGAGAGAAUUUCCGGAUUUUCAUUUGAAGUUCCGCCUGUAACGUGUGUUUAUGCGUACGGUGAUUAAUGGUGGUAACGUGAAUAAUCGGAGAAAAUAAUGUUGGAAUACCUUUUAUCGACGAAAGGUAGCGAUCGAAAUAUUAUACAAAAAACGAAUAAAAGCAAUCUUAUAUUUUCUUUGAUUUUUCUUCUAUUACGUUUAUCUAUAUGUACAUAUAUACAUAUAUUAUAUAUAUAUAUAUUAAAAAAGAAAAGAAACGAAAAGGAAAAAAAAACUUCAAUUUCGUUCGAAUUGCUCAAACGCUUCGAGGGAGAAGCGGAGGAAAAAAGAUGAAUUCGGUUGUGUUACCGCCAUUAACGUUAACAAAAACAUGUAAAUAAAAUAAAAGAUACGAGAUUCGAAGCAAAUAAGAGCGGAAGGUGUUUAAAAAAAUUUCGUUUCGGAUUUGUCGAGAAAAAGCAGCGCGCGGUUUGCACGGGGGAAAGUUUAAUCAGCCUAGCGAUAAUCGUACAACACCGUAUGGGAUAUGUAUUUAUGAUUAUAUCGUACCGCAUGAUAAUAUCUAGUGCUAGUCUACUGCAAUCGUAUAGUCGAUAGGUUGUAUCAUCAGUCUAGAGAUCAGAGGAAUUAUGUUCCGUUUUCGAUGAUUUCAUUUUCGUUUCACGACAAAAAUUUCCACGCUCUUGCGUGGAAGUCGAUCGCAUCGCAACUCACCGUCUCAUCCAAAUCGUCACGAUCCUCGCUGAGCUUCGCCAAAAUCGUUAGUUUUGUUAUUCGAUCAUUUUUCUUUUCUUUUCUUUUCUUUCUUUCUUUCUUUUUUUCUUUAUCAUAUCGGCGACCAAUCGAUGGUAACGUACUUAACGGAACAACAGAAUCGAGCGAAAUCGAACGUUUUAUCUUCUGAUCUCCUAAGUCUUUGUGGCUUACAACAUAGAAGCAAAGCUGGUUCAUUCCGAGAGCUUGUUCGUUUCUUCGAAUUCGACAGCGUUUGCGCGUCAGUCGCCGCCCUUUUCACAUCUGGGAUCACUUUAUUAGGAUGUUUAUAUUCGAAUCGUUCGAAAGAGGCGUGAAUUUGCGCCGUGAACUUAUAUCAAACGGCGUACAAGGAUCCUUUGUUAUCCUCGCCUUAAUUGUUCGCAAGCGCUUGCAUCACGACGUUCAACACUACCAAAGUUCUACUGCCAUUAUACGUAUCCAUUAUCUGUUACCCCUUACUUGUACGUACACGAAUCUUUUUGGAUUCAGUUGCAUCAAUCUUAACCGUUGCGCACGUUGAAAACGUUCGAGAUAUGAGCUAAUACCGAUUUUUCGAUAUCCCGAUUCCGAUAUGUUUCUUUUUCUUUUCUUUUUUUUUUUUUCUUUUUUUGCAAGGACCGACAAACGGCAAAUCUCGAUUUUAAACCGAAUCGAUCGAUAACCGGUGUUGAAAGAAAAAUUCUCGUUAAAUUCUCGAUGAGAGGAUCGAUCGAUCCGAUUACGCGAACAAAACGAUAGUACAAAGGCUAUAGAUCAAGCGAUCCGAACGGGCGGCGACUUCGAAUGUGAGCGCUGCCAACAAAAUAUACCCAUUAUUUUAUCCUUAUUUAUUAUUGUAAUCGUGCGAUUAUUAUUAUUAUUAUAAUUAUUGGUACUAUCAUCACCAUCAUUAUUAUUAUUGUUAUUAUUCUCAUUAUUAUUUCUCUUGCUCGUUACUAUUAUUAUUAUUAUUAUUAUUAUUAUUAUUAUUCAUGGUAGUAUCAAUAUCAUUCUUAUUAUCGUUAUUAUCGUUAUAAUGAUUAAUAUUAACGAUCACUUAUUUUUGAGUCCUCGCCCGGAGCCAUAUUGAGAUAAGGAAAAAACUUAAUAUAGAUUAAUCGUCGACGACACUAUUAACUUUUAAGAAAAAAAAAGGAAAAAAAAAAGAAAAAAAGAAAAGGAAGGGUAAAGGGAAGAAAAAGAGGGGGAGAGGAAAGGAGAGGGAGAGAGAGAGAGAGAGAAUAGAAAGGACGAGAAAUGAAAACGAUGAUGAAUUUACGCGUUGAACGGUAUAAAGUACUAUUAUAGAAAUUAUUACAUUUGUAUCCAGUGCACCGAAUCGAGAGCGAUUAUAUAUGUAUAUUCAUCAUUGUGAACGAGCCGUUUCUAAUAAUGAAGAACAACCGUUGUUAAAGUAUAAGGAUUACGUUUCACUCACAAAAGUAUGGAGACAAAAGUAUGGAGGAAAGAGAAAGUUGGGAAAAAGACGGGAGAAAAAGCUUGGUAUCGAGGAAAAAAAAAAAAAGAAAUAUCAUGCUUAAAGUUUCUUAGUUCGCCGUUCCGAAUUUCCAUUUUUCGAAACGAAAUUGGUUCAACUUGAGGGAAGGUGGAUGGAAAGCUGGUAAAUAUUACAAAUAUUAUUCAAACUAGUUAUCGGUCAUGGUCAUAUUUUGCUAAUCCCGCAGACUACGUUUAUUCUCCAGAUUCUAUUUGGAACAUGUUUCCUGUGUGAUAAUUGUUAACUCGAUUAGCGCUUUAAGUAUGCACGUGAGAGUAUGCGUAUGAGAGUAGAUGAAAAUUUUGACGAGAACAAAAAAAAAAUGUGGCGGAAUUAUAAGCUUUAAGAUAUAUUUAAAGAUGUAUCGAAUAUAUUAUAAAAUUAUACACGUAUAUUUAAUAUAUAUAUUAUAUAUACUACGUAUGAUAUAUAUAUUAAUAUCAUAUUAUAUAUUAUAUACAUAUACAUCACACGAAUACACCUAAGAUAUUAUUACCAAAGGUAAUUUUAUCGUAAUUUCCUGAAUAGCCGGUAAAAUUAGUAAAAAUUCGACGGAACUCGCGAUAUCGUAUGAAAUGUGAACGCUAAGGGGGGGGAAAAAAAAGAGAAAAAAAAAAACAAUAAGAAAAUAUUAUUCUAACUAAAACGAUUAAUUCCCAUAAGUACUUUUAAGUGUGAUUCGUAUAUUAUAACGCAUAUAUAUGCAUGCAUACCGGUUAUAUUACUAUUCGUUAAACGAUAUGUGUAUUAUUACGUAAACUAUAAGACGUUCGAAGACGUUCAUCGUACGUAUGUUAUGUAUAUGCGUUUGGAACCGCUUGGAUAGGUAAUUGAUACGUCGAUGCAGACAGAGUGGUGGUUUACGUGACAACUUACCGUUGAGGUUAUGUCGAAAAUUCGAUCGAGCGAACCAAUAUGUGUGAUACUUGAAAUAUAUUCAUAUACGCGAUCAGAAAAUGACAUGAAGUUCGUACGGUCGUAACAUCGUGCCGUUGAUUCUUAAUAUCGGAUUCAUCUUCACGAUCCUCGUUUAAUACCUUCCGAUUAAUACUCGCUUCGCAAAAUUGACUUUUUUCCGUUUAUAGAGCUAACCUGCUUAAAUGCAUACGUAUGGAAAUUCAAGCGAUUCUUGCGAUUCUUGUUGAUAUUUUAAGUCGCGGAGAAAGGAAAGAUCUGUUUCUGCUUCGAUUCGAAUUCAAUCCGGUAAAGGAAAUUAGCGAUAUUCCGUAGUCGUAUAUCUACAUACGAGUAACCCAUCGCUGCAUCUACCUUUCAUAUCUUUGCGACUACUUUUUGUGUAUAGAGAAGAGUUUAAACCAAAGAUGAUAUUGCCACAGUGAAACAGAAGGAAAUAAUUGCGAGAAGUAAUGGUAAUGAAAUAAAAGCAGAAGAUAAUAAUAACGAACGAAUGCUCGUGGAACGCUGUAUAAGCAUUCCAAAGAUAUAAAAUACCAUAAACGCUUAUGUUAUGGUGCAGGAAUUCUUCCUGUAUCCGAUCACUAAGAUUUUACCGUAGACUGCGAAGACUCGAAUUUAGCAUAGUGCAAAAUCAUUGUAAAUUUUCUCGUUCCGCGACACCUAUUGCUUUUGAGUCUUCGUACACCUACACUUGUUGUUGUCGAUUAAAAAAAAUUAUGUACUUAGAACCAUUGUGACGACAUUGAUUAUUAGAUGUUUAAGAUAUUACCGUUGAUAAUAUAUUACAUAUAUGAUCUACGCCAAUAUAUAGCUGUCAAGAGGCCUGUCAGAGAAUCAUACAACGAGAUGAAACGAGUAGCAUGAAAGAUCGUUUUAGCUCGGACGAUUUGUAAUCCGUGAAACUAUCAACUUCUAUAUCGAAAUAUCGAUAUUUAUUAUUCCAAUAAUAUUUACAAUUUAUUUUUACGAUUGAUCAAAAAAAAAAAAAGUAAUAAUACAAUUUGACAGUAAAAGGAAUAGAAUCAAAAGAAUUUUAGGUUAUUCUUUCAUUCUUUCUGUGUAAUCGACUUUGCACAUAAAUGAGGACAAAAUGAAACAAGAAUAAAGAUGAGUUGCGAAAUUGCGAAAAAAUUUACCGUACUAAUAUCGAAAAAAGAUAAGCAAACGUGGAUAAAUGACAAAGUUUGAAACAGUAUCCAAUUCGAGAAAUUUAAUGUCUAUCUAGAACUUUAAUGUGUACGAGCUUUCGAUCCCAUAUCGUUGUGAUAUCACUUUUGAUUUCGAAAUUAGGGCUUCGCGAUCUCGGCGACAAGAUCUUUAAGCAUGAUUAUUUGAUAAUAAUUUAAGAUGAGAUGGCAUGGCUGUUGAUAUCAUUAUGCUUGAAAUGUGUUAUGAAAAAUAAACAGAAUGUAUAAAAGCCCUUCA